CCCGGAUGACAAGGGCAGCAACCCGGAAGUUGUGCUUUGGUACGUCAAUGUGACUUACCCUAAACUAGCUAGCUGUUGUAAUACUAUAUUGAAAAUGUUCCUCACUGCUGUAAAUCUGGCCAAGGCCAAGUCAAAGACUGUCCUAGUGCAAAUGGUGAGUGCUGCAGGGACAGGUUACUGCUUCAACACCAAGAGGAACCGACUACGUGAGAAACUGGUGCUGCGAAAAAAUGACCCUUUGGUAAACAAACACGUCCUCUUUCACGAAAAGAAGAAGAUCAGGUCGAUUUAACCAUGAAUCUGCAACAUCUAAUCAGAUGAUUUCACUGACAUUGUAUUAUCUGAAAUGUGUCGACCAUCAUUCGUGAGAAGAGCUAAGGAGUACCUAUUGGACUAUUCAUGGACCACAUCAACUCAUUGUAAACAUUUGGGAUGAACCAAGCGGUGGCAAAACCUCAAGCAGUUCUGUGUCCAUUCACAUCAAUAACCAGGUUUCCAUCCAAAGUACAUGUCGGAUAAAAAAAUUCACGACAGGCCUGAUGGAAACAGCAAAUUUGUUAAACUUUCCAAAGGUCGACAACAAAAUACGCUACACAAGGUGGGAUCUUUUUGUGUCUGUAAAAUUAAUUAAUGCGAGAAAUGGCGGUGGAAAUGCCUUUAUGUGCAAAUAUUGAUAUAAUAACCAUCAUGAUUUGCUGUGUGGUUCUCCCACUACGACUUGGGAAAGCAUGCAGUUUAUUAGGCUACAGAUUAAAUAAGUUAUGAUGAACUUCACAGGGUGACAAAAGUGCACAGUGAUGAGCUUGAUGCUCCUUUCCAAUAAUAAUCUCGCUCUUAUCCAUCAUAAUCAGAUCAUGGUAGCCUACCUGCACUGUACCUGUGAGCUGUUGGCUCGAGCGCACAUGCAAAGACCAGAGUAGGCACAUUUGCUAUAUAACGCAACAUUUGUUGUGACAAAACCAUCAGUAGAGUUGACAAUGGGAUGGAAACCAAUUUCACUUGUAUUUUUUAUUCUGUAAAUAUAGUUUGAUGUGCACUGCGUCAUAACGCACAACCUUUUAUCCGCAACAAGUCAUUUUGAUGGAAACACACAUCUGGUGGGGAUAUUUGCAUAUAUUGUUCUUAUGCAGAUUUUUGAAUAUUUGCAUGAAAAUCUUGCCAAUUGGAUGGAAACCUAGCUAUUGAGAUAAUUAUUCUUCAAUAAGUAAGAAGUAGCUUGUUUCAUGUUUUUGUCCACUUGUAUCAUAUUUCUCUACCUUAGGCACAUUUUAUUGAUGAUCUUUGUUCUGCAAGAGUAUCAUAUCUGCCAUCCUAAGAAAUAAUGGAAACAUGAAAGGAGAACUAUUCACUUGUUUCACUCUGAAUGAUCAUAAUAAGCUUUUACAACAUUACGGUAAUUCAGUACAGAAUACUGUUUUGGUCUAGACAAACUUACAACCCAUCAAUGGUACAAACUAUUCUGGGUUUGGUGUUAACUUUUUCACUAGUUUUUCUGACAUUAAAAUUAAAGUAAAUUAUAUGUAUCCUCAUUGUAGGUCAGAAUAAAAAUGAAAUGAUUCAA